CGUCACGUCCGGGAGGCGGAGCCGAGCGCCAGGAGCUGCGGUUUCCGGCUGAGGCGCGGGACCGGAAGGGAAAGUAUGAGUUGGAUUCCGUUCAAGAUCGGGCAGCCUAAGAAACAGAUUGUGCCCAAGACAGUUGAGAGGGAUUUUGAACGGGAAUAUGGAAAGCUUCAACAGCUGGAAGAUCAAACGAAGAAGCUCCAAAAAGAUAUGAAGAAAAGCACAGAUGCAGAUCUAGCCAUGUCAAAGUCUGCUGUCAAAAUCUCAUCGGAUCUCAUGGCCAAUCCUCUCUGUGAACAAGACCCUAAAUUUCUCGAAAUGGUGAUGGCCCUGGACACGGCAAUGAAACGAAUGGAUUCUUUUAACCAAGAGAAGGUGAAUCAAAUCCAAAAAACAGUCAUAGAGCCCCUGAAAAAAUUCAGCGGUGUCUUCCCCAGUCUAAAUAUGGCGGUAAAGCGUCGCGAGCAAGUCCUACAAGAUUACAAACGGCUGCAAUCCAAGGUGGAGAAGUAUGAAGAAAAGGAGAAAACGGGGCCCAUCCUGACCAAGCUACACCAGGCCCGAGAAGAACUGAGGCCAGUGAAAGACGACUUUGAGGCCAAGAACAAGCAACUUCUGGAAGAGAUGCCCAAGUUUUACAGCAGCCGCAUCGAUUAUUUCAAGCCCAGUUUUGAAUCUCUGAUCCGAGCGCAGGUUGUGUAUUACACCGAAAUGUACAAAAUCUUUGGCGAAUUAACCGAACAGAUUGACGAACCCGACUUAACCGACGAGCAGAGAGAAAAAGAGAGCGAAGCCAAGCUCAACGAGUUGAGGGCCCUCUCCAUUGUGGCUGAUGACUGACUUCCAGCUUCUAUGAAUCCUUUGUGGUGACAGCUGCCAAUGAAGUGGAUGAAGACAGGAAGCUGAACAUGAAGUGAAUGAAGACAGGAAGCUGAACAUUACUUCUGAAGGCUUGAACCCUUUAAAGCAGGGGUCUCCAACCUUGGCCACUUGAAGACUUGUGGACUUCAACUCCCAGAGUUCCUCUGCUGAGGAACUCUGGGAGUUGAAGUCCACAAGUCUUCAAGUGGCCAAGAUUGGAGACCCCUGCUUUAAAGCCAUGUUGGUACCUGUUUUAAUCUGGAACGUUGUUAUUUGCUGCAGCUCUUUAAAUCCUGAACGUCUUUUAUCUCUUAUUAAUGACAACAUGGUAAGAUUCUCAUACUGAGUCCUGCGCUAAGAGGUUUGUGGAGUUUGAAAAAUUGGAAGAAUUUACCCUUAAAAACGAUAAGCGAACAAGCUUUUUAAUUCAGUCUUUCCGAAAUCAGGGUCCAUCUGACAGCUGAAUUGUGAGUGGUAUCCUCAGUGAGUGUAGUUACCCCCUCAAAAAAAUAUUAUUACCGGUAACCUAAUUUUUUUUUUAAUUUGAUUUAUAUGCCACCCUUCUCCGGAGACUCAGGGCGGCUUACAGUGCGUUAAGCAAUAGCCUUCAUUCUUUUGUAUAUUUAUACAAAGUCAGCUUAUUGCCCCCACAAACUGGGUCCUCAAUUUACCUACCUUAGAAAGGAUGGAAGGCUGAAUCAACCUUGAGCCUGGGGAGAUUCGAACUUGCAGUAAUUGCAGGCAGCUGAAUGUUAAUAACAGGCUAUUAGUCUGCUGCGCCACCAGGCUCUUGCUAAUUGGCUAAUUUUUUUUUACUUCCGAUGUUUAAAGAAUGUCAUCAUUGCACUGAAGCCUCGUUCGGUGAGAGGCCCCUUGUCUGGUUUGUGUCUUUGUGGCAUUGAAAGCUGUCUCAAAAAUAAUGGCAUCCUUUAAAAACGGAUUGGUAUAGUAGCUUAAUCCUACUGAAUGUAAUAUACCAUAUUUUUCAGAGUAUAAAACAAACCUUUUUCCUCCCUAAAAGAGGGUGAAAAUCUGGAUGCAUCUUAUACACUGAAUGUAGCCCCACCCAGCCUCUGAAAUGGAGGUUUCAGAGGCUGAUAAAAGCCUUGGAAACCUCCGUUUGAGAGGCUGGAAAAAGCCUCUGAAACCUCCGUUUGAGAGGCUGAAAAAAAGCCUCUGAAACAGGGUUUUCAGAGGCUGAAAAAAGCCACGGAAACCUCCAUUUGAGAGGCUGAAAAAAAGCCUCUAAAACGGGGGUCAGAGGCUGAAAAAAAGCCUCUGAAACCUCUGUUUGAGAGGCUGGAAAAAGCCUCUGAAACCUCCGUUUGAGAGGCUGAAAAAAAGCCUCAAAAGUGUUUUCAGAGGCUGAAAAAAAGCCAUGGAAACCUCCAUUUGAGAGGCUGAAAAAAAGCCUCUAAAACGGGGGUUUCAGAGGCUGAAAAAAAGCCCUCUGAAACCUCUGUUUGAGAGGCUGGAAAAAGCCUCUGAAACCUCUGUUUGAGAGGCUGGAAAAAGCCUCUGAAACCUCCGUUUGAGAGGCUGAAAAAAAAGCCACGGAAACCUCCAUUUGAAAGACUGAAAAAAAAAGGCAAGGGACAGAGCUCAUAACCAACAAACCUGUUACUAAAGUUCACCUCUGGGAACAGCUGAUUGGGGGUAUUCCGGGAGGCCAAUCCACUGCCAAUCAGCUUUUUUCUUAUUUUCCUCCCCAAAAACUAAGGUGCGUCUUAUAGCCUGAAAAAUACAGUAAUUCUUAUGAGCAUAAAUCAUGAUUUUCAAAGAACAGGAAAGGACACAGAUUAUACUUUCCCUUGAUACAAUCUACAUGAAUAUUAUAUCUCGCACUGUGCAGGUUUCUAUGGAAGUGCACCACUAGUGAAAUGUUAUUUACAGAGAAAACCGUCUGCUUCCAUGGCACGUUGGUGAAAUCCUUUGGCCAUCAUAUGCAGGUGGCUGCGAUUUAAACUAAUCAAUAUUCUUCUUAUUGGUGGUGGUUAGCCAGGAAUGCCAGUAUUCCUUUAUCUUUCUGGACUAACUCCUGGUUUGUUUGUACUGGUGCCUCCCAACUGUUGUCUUGCCUGUCUUUAAUUAUGAUUAAUGAAAAUAUUGUAGAUGAUUCUUUUGGUUCUUCUGUAACCCAUACUUCUAAUUUUAUUUUUUCAAAAAAAAAAAAAACCAAAACUUUAGUGGA